ACUACCGGUGCUGAACCAUCGAGAUUUUCCGUGGUGCUGGCGCAUGCUUGACAUCGAUGCCGCGCCGGGGCUUGUUUUCCAUUUUCCUGGAGGCCUUGGGGGAAACGAAUCGAGAGCUGCACCAGAACCUGAAAUUGAGCGGCUGCGGCUGCUAUCCCGAGAUGAGUGACCUGGCUCGCUGCUGCGGCAAGCGGGACUGGAACAACGCCCUGGAGAAAGUCCGGGAGUCCAUUGAGGACACGAAGGCAGCGAUGCAGCAAUCUUUCACCAUGCAAAAGGGCAAACCUGGAGAACAUGUGGAGGAAGUCUUCAACGGCCCGGCACAAGAGGCGUUGAAGAAAUUGGAAGAUGUCGAGCAAGACCUACAGGGCGGAUGAGGAGGACUCGUUCAACAGACAUCUGAGCGUCCAAAGUGGCCAGAGAUCUGUUGGCACAAUGCAUAUCCCAGCGAAGCAAGAAA